GACAAUAAAGAAUUUUCACUUUAUCCCAACCCAACCUUUUCUCUCUCCACACUCUUCUUCUUCUUCGCGUCACCCUUACUCCAUUUAUUAAACCAUUUCUGUCUCCCUCUGUCUGUCCCAGAAACAGAGCGGGAAGAAGAAAAUGGUGGCGCCUUCUCCCUUCCCUCCCCCGCCUUCCUUUCGCCUCUACCACCUCCUCCUCUACCACUAAACUAAAGCCCUUCCAAACUAACUACUUCUUCCCUUCCAUUCACCCCACAAAAUUCCCAAUCCCUUUCCCCAGAUCUACAAUCACCUCUCUCCCCUGCCCCUGCCCCUGCCGAUCGGUCAAUCUUAAAAUUUUCAAACUUUUCUUUGAUGGGAGCUGGUUUCUCCGACUUACUAGAUCGAGACGACGGGAGGACCACUCUCGGCGACGUGCCGGAGAGCUGCGCGGCGUCCAUUCUCGGGUGCUUGGACCCGCCGGAGAUUUGCCGGCUGGCGGGGCUGAACAGGGCCUUCCGCGGCGCCUCGUGGGCGGACAUUGUCUGGGAGACCAAACUGCCCUCCAAUUAUAAGUUCCUGGUGGAGAAAGUACUGGCAGACAAAACGAUGCCGGAGAAGAGCAGCCGGAAGGAGAUUUACUCCCGGCUCUGCGCGCCCAAUUGCUUCGCCGAUGACGAAAACAAGAUGGUUUGGCUCGAGAAGAGCAGCGGCAAAGUCUGUGUGUUGGUUUCGUACAAGGCAAUGAGGAUCACGGGGAUCGAUGACCGCCGAUAUUGGACCCAUAUUCCCUCCGACGAGUCCAGGUUCAAACAGAUAGCGUAUCUUCAGCAAACGUGGUGGUUGGAAGUGGUUGGGGAGCUGGACGACUUCCACUUCCCCGCUGGCACCUACACCCUCUUCUUCAAGCUCCACCUCGGCAAGCCAUCCGCCGCCUCCAAACGGUUCAUCGGCGGCCGCCGCGUCAGCAGCUCGGACCAGGUUCACGGCUGGGACAAGAAACCCGUCAGGUUCCAACUGUCCACCUCCAACGGCCGCCAAACCGCCUGGUCGGAGCGGUACCUGGCGGAACAGGGCAGCUGGGCGCACUACCGUGCCGGCGAGUUCACCGUCGACAACCCGGACGUUCCGAUCAAGAUCAAGUUCUCGAUGAUGCAGAUUGAUUGUACGCACACGAAAGGCGGGUUGUGCUUGGAUUCCGUCCUGGUUUGUCCUAAGGAAUUGGGAGAUGGAGUGAUGAUGAAGCAAUUAGCAUGAGUAGAAUUUUGAUCAGUCAAAUUUGCUAUGGAAAUGGAGGUUAUAUUAUAUAUGUAUGUUACGUAUUUGUUUAUGUAUAUAUACGCGGCGAGAUUAUAUUCAUUGAUAUUGUUAGCGAGGCAGAGCUGUGUAACAGAGUAAAAGGAAGAAGAGAAAAAAUAAAGUGGGUGAUCAGGA